GAACAGCCUGAGCAGAAACCCUGAGGAUUAGAGCAGGAAUAGACCCGUCUGGCUGGUGGGAGGCGGGAGAGGGGAGGGUGGGGUGAGGAAGGCUCUCUGGGGCCUGUGGUGGCUGGUCCCUCCCCGACCUGCUCUUUGGGGGGUAGUGACACCCUAGGGGAAGCAGGAGGCCACACACACACACACACAUACAAACCACACACCCUAUGGGAAGAAGGCACUGAGCCUGGUGGAGAGGGGGCAGGAAGGGCAGGGCAGCGGCAGUCUGUCUCUGUAACUGUGACCUGAGCCUCUGUGUUACACGACUCUGGGUGGAGAAAUUGAGGCCCAAAAAGGGGCAGUGGCUUACACGAGGUUGGUGACAGAGCUGGGCCUUUAGAACCGAUGCCUGGUGACGGUGGACAGACAAUUAACAAACAGCCAACGGAUGAGAGAAAUACAGGAGGAUCGCCGGGCAGCACUGACACGCGAGCGGUCACGAACGUAAACUCCUCCACCUGACGGUCCAAGGAAGAAGCGUCCCCCACCCAGUGGCCAGGAGAGCGGUGGGGAGCAGUGGCCAUCAUGCACAGUCGUAUCGCAUCCGGCGGGCGAACCCCGUGCCGCCCCUGAGUCCGGCCGGAGUUGGGACGCAGGGCCCGCCCGCGCGGCCGCACCAUGAGCCACGGGCCCAGCCCCCGGCUGGCCGAGUCCCCGCAGCUGUCCAAAGGCAGCCUCCUGACCAUCCUGGGCAGCCCCUCGCCGGAGCGCAUGGGGCCGGCCGACUCGCUGCCGCCCACGCCGCCCAGCGGCACGCCCUCGCCGGGGCCGCCGCCCGCGCUGUCGCUGCCGCCCGCGCCCGCGCUGCUGGCCGACGGGGACUGGGAGAGCCGCGAGGAGCUGCGGCUGCGGGAGCUGGAGGAGGCGCGCGCGCGCGCGGCGCAGAUGGAGAAGACGAUGCGCUGGUGGUCCGACUGCACCGCCAACUGGCGCGAGAAGUGGAGCAAGGUGCGCGCCGAGCGCAACCGCGCGCGCGAGGAGGUGCGCCAGCUGCGCCAGCGCCUGGACGCGCUCACCAAGGAGCUGGCGGGCGCGCGGCGCGAGCGCCAGGAGGCGCAGGGCGAGUGCGAGGCUCGGGGCCGCGAGCUUGCGCGGCUGCGCGGCGCCCGGGGGAACGCCGACAGGACGCCGGAUGGGCCGGAGCCCGAGCGGGAGCAGGAGCCGGUGCGCGACGUCGGGUCGGAAGUGCCCCAGGGCAGCCAGGAACUGGAGCUAGUGGAGAGCCUGCUGAAGAGCAGACCAGAGGAGCCCGAGGGCUGCUGGGAGGCACGCAGCGUGGGGGCCGGGGGCCCACGGGGCAGCUCAGGCCGCCAGGAGCGCAGCCGGCUGCCCUGGGAAGACACAGCCACCAUCGAAGAGGGUGCAUCCAAGUUGACCGCCCUGCGGCUGCGGCUAGAUGAAUCCCAGAAGGUGCUACUCAAGGAGCGAGAGGAUAAACUGGCCCUGGGCAGGAACAUUGAGAAGCUGGAAGGGGAGCUCAGCCAGUGGAAGAUCAAGUAUGAGGAGCUGAACAAGACCAAGCAGGAGAUGCUCAAGCAACUCAGCAUCCUGAAGGAGGCCCACCAGGACGAGCUGGGUCGCAUGUCCGAAGACCUGGAGGACGAGCUGGGUGCGCGGUCCAGCAUGGACAGGAAGAUGGCCGAGCUGAGGGGUGAGAUGGAGCGGCUGCAGGCGGAGAACGCAGCCGAGUGGGGUCGCCGUGAGAGGCUGGAGACGGAGAAGCUGGGCCUGGAACGGGAAAACAAGAAGCUGCGGGCGCAGGUCGGGGACCUGGAGGAGGCGCUGGCCCGGCGGCGGAGGCAGACAGCCAGCGCGCUGGACUGUGACCUGCGGGCCAGCCAGGCUGCGCUUUUCGAGAAGAACAAGGAGCUGGCAGACCUGAAGCACGUGCACGGCAAGCUGAAGAAACAGUUCCAGGAGAAGGUGGCAGAGCUGGCACACGCCAACCGGCGGGUGGAACAGCACGAGGCAGAGGUGAAGAAGCUGCGGCUGCGGGUGGAGGAGCUCAAGAAGGAGCUGGCCCAGGCCGAGGACGAGCUGGACGAGGCCCACAACCAGGCACGGAAGCUGCAGCGGUCGCUGGACGAGCAGACGGAGCAGAGCGAGAACCUACAAGUGCAGCUGGAACAUCUGCAGUCCAGGCUCCGAAGGCAGCAGCAGAACGCCCCCCUCUUCGGGAAGAUCCGAAGCGCUCGCUUCGGCACUGAGGAAGCCGGGGACGGAGCCAGCGACCUGGAUGAGGAUGAGGACCUGCAGAUCCAGGUGGCCUAGAGCUCCCAGGGCCGGACAGGACUGGCCCGUGGCCACAGGCCCCUGGGUGCCUAGGCGGACCGGCCGCUCGGACUGGUGCAGCCACCCGUGUUCCCCGCCACGGCUGACUUCCUCCUCUCCCAGGGUGGGGGUCGACCGUCCCACCCUAGCAACGCCUCUUGGAAGGGAAGCCAUCGCCUGUGUUUUAUACAUGUAUAUUUUAUGUAUGUGCGCGGGGUCCUUGGACCCAUCUGAUGUUAUAAAAACAGGACCGCUCCCGGGCCCGGUCUCCACACCCCCCAUCCACCCAGGACCUUCAUGCAGGGGCGAGGGGGAUGGCGAGGGGGGCUGUUGGGGCCUCGACCCAGGCUGCCUCUCUGAAGCUUGGGGGUCAGGUGGAGCUGUUUAUAGUACAAUGUGAUAAACUCAGCCUUUUGUAAUAAACCGAGUUUGGGUUCUCAGGGCAGAGUCCUGAGAGUGUGGCAGAUGUGGGCAGCUGGUGUAGGGGACAGCACCUAGCCCAAGCUCAGGAAUGUCAAGUUACGUAAUGAAUGACUGAAUAUGCAAAAGAAUGAGUGAAUGAACACCUGAGCUGCUAAAUGGUCGGGAAUCCGGCUCCCAUGAGGGGAAGGAAGAGGUACAGUGUGUGUCUAAUCUGAGAAGAAGAGACUUCCAUCCUGCUCCGGAUGGAUUCAGAUCCGUGCCUCUGCCCCUUCCUGGCUGUGCAACCAUGGGGAAGUACCUGACCUCUCUGAGCCUCAGUUUCUCCAUCAGUAAAUUAGACAUCUCCUACAGCUAUCGUGAGAAUAAGAUGAGUUCAUCUGGAGCUCAGUAAAGGUUAGUUCUUAUUGAAAUACGUGAAAGUGUGCGCCAGAGAGGGGGGAUUUGCCCGCUGGGUUCUGCCGCAUGGGAUGAAGUUCAGGUGACCAGAGGUAGGUGUAAACACAAUAAAUAAUAAAUCCUUGUAUCUUUACCCCA